UCGUGAUUCCAGUUUGAUACAUCUGAAUGAUGGAGGAUGAGGAGGAUUUCAUGGAUGAUGAAUCACUGAACAGUUUCUUCGCCGAUAUCUUUAACGAUGCUCUAGCCUGCACACAUACACACUUUUGCAACCCACCUGCUGGACCAGAUUUAUCGCAUUCACAUUCUUGUUUCCAUCUCCACACCAAAAUCCUCCCUGAUGAGCCUAAAACCACAACUGAGGUCAAAAGACCGGGCAACCGGGAUGCCGUCCGUAAGUACCGCCAGAAAAAGAAAGCUCGGGCAGAGUCAUUGGAAGAUGAAGUUAAGAAAUUGAGAAUUAUAAAUCAGCAGUUGAUAAACAAGUUGCAGGGUAAAGCUGCUCUUGAGCAAGAGGUAGCUAGGUUGAGGUCUGUGCUGACGAACAUCAAGGGAAGGAUUAAAGACGAAAUCGGAUCAUUCCCUUACCCAAAAUCCAUUGACUGUAAUAAUGGGGUUUCGCAGAACACGUUAAGUUCGAACUCAGACGAAGCUUAUGAUGUCAGCCAGUGCAAGCGUGACCUUCAAUGCGGUGAUCAAGUUCAGUGUUUGUAUCCUGAAUUGGAUGAUAACUGUGUUGGGGAAGCUUAUGGGAAUGGAUUGCAUAUUGAAGGAUUUAGGCCUUGUGAUCUGGGUUACGUACCGUGUGCUGGGAUUAAGGACGGGUCGACUCCUCCUGCCAAGAAGCGAAAGGAAAGACUACAAACAAAUGCUCGGGAUAACUGA